AAUUCUUAUUUCUGAUUUUUCGCAACAGGUGCGACUCGGCCGGGGAGCUCCUUUUGCCCGCUACCGUAGAAGAAACGUGACCGGUGCUCGCACCACAGGAGCUCAUGUCAGUUCAGGUUUCGGAAGAUGACCCGAUGGACGCCACGGCGGUGGCGAGUCGAACGACACAGAGGGACCGGCUUUGUCUUCCGCGUCAUAAGGGCUCUGUCACUUCUAGUCGCCGUGCUCACCGUCAUAUUCUGGACGCACGCUCUUUAUCGAUUUUCAGGUAUUUCCGAUCAAAAUGUAGAAGGAGGUGACGCGAUAUUUACGCCGUCUGCGAAAACUCAUUUAACAGCUGCUUUUGUAGGAGCACCUGUAAUACCAAACACACCACCCGAGAGCGAGUUAUCUCGCCGAGAAUUAAGCUCGUCAUCAUCAUCAACAGCAAAGCUCCGCCUGCAGGACACGUUUAAGGAGCAACCACCGAGCGAAGGCGACUGGGUGUCCACCGACGCCUACCCGAGAACAAAGCUGAAGAUAUUCCUGUACUCCGCGUACUUAGACAACCGCCUCACCGUUCCAGUGGUUCGGGUUAUCGGCGCUUACGCCAGUGUCGGCGGCGCCCAAGUCUCGUGCAGACUAGAGUACGCCAACGGGGACGCCAAUGUAGUCAUCGCCGCACAGAAGACCAUUAAUGAGAACUGGAAGCUCAAGUACGGCGCGGCCUUUUUCUCGUGUCCGUACUCUGACGAUGCGGACAAUCCACCACCCAUUCGCGUGCGAUUGAAGGAGACCUACGAGCUGCAGUGGAGCCCUUCGAUAUCAGUGUGGCCCCUGGAGACGAGACCUGGCGAAGCGACCGGCCGCUUCGCAGUCUGCGUCAAGCCCCUUCACUACCAGUACGACAGGGCGUCCUGGCUGGCAGAGUUUGUAGAAUUCCACAGAAUUGUCGGCGUGGACCGCUUCUUCUUCUACAACCACAGUAUUGGAACCAACGUAGAGCGUCUGCUACAGGUGUACAUAAGAAAAGGCGUCGUCACGAGCCUUCCGUGGAACCUGGAUAUCAAGUCACAAAAAGAAAUCCGCACCGAAGGUUUGUUCGCAGCGCUGAACGACUGCGUGUACCGCAGCAUUCAUCAUUUCGACUACGUGCUUGUGCUUGACCUGGACGAGUUCGCUGUGCCUAGGAAGGACGACACCCUGCCCGCCAUGGUGACGAGACUGAAACGCCUCGCGCCUCGGACGAUGAGUUACGUGCUCCUGAACAGUUUCUUUUACCUGUACUGGGAAAACGAUACGGCGGCCUAUGGAGCUCUGCCGGAGACAUCCCCUCUGGAGAUCCCUUACCUGCUCACGCAAUUCAAGACUAGGCGAUCGAGAAAGGUGUUCCGAGUUGGCUCGCGCUCCAAGUACAUCGUGCGUCCGGUGGCGGCUGUCGAAGUUGGGAACCACGUCGUCUGGCGAUACCUUGGAGGUCGUCACCAGGCCACCCAGCGCGUGGCACCAGAAGACGCCCUGCUACACCACUACCGCAUAUGCGAGUUCGGUGGCUUCGACUGCGUAAAGCAACCAUCCACAGUGGACCGGUCAGCGUUGCGCUUCAACACCUCGCUCCUCCAGCGCGUGAACAGUGUGUGCGCGCAGGCUUUUCCGGACGGUGGACACUGCCCCAAAGCUCCAGGCCUGGGAAGCCCUUGGUGACUGUGGAAAGCACCAGGUGAUGGCGGACUCACGUGUUCGUGAGGCGGCACAGCCCCGCGAAUAUCCCCGCGGGAACGGGGGAGCGUGUAUUACCGAUCUAGGACACUCCCCAAUGACAGGGGAGGGUGCGAGCUCAGCGGUUGCGCGCCACCUUGCUGCUCGUCCUGGAGGGAGGGGAGGCACGUCGAAAACGCCGUCAUUGAUCAUCUCUCCCUUCGUCCCGAGGAGAAGCCACCCGUGUGCAGACCACUAUUAGCAAUGAGAUAUUCGUAUUUCUCAACAUUCGCUCGGAACCUAAAGAAGCUAUGUUCACAGGAAGGUAGGAACCAACACUGGCCGAUUGAGGUCUCAGUCUGGAAUUAUCGUCUGGAAUUUGCUUGACGAAGACCCCAUGUUGAAACUUUGCCUCUAGACUGAGCCAUUUUCCGAACACUUGAUUCUUUAUUGGUUAUUGGCAACGUCUGUCAACCUGUGUGUUCUUAAGUAUCAAACCGGUUGCAAAGCCAACUAAUUUUAUCUUAAAAUCUGAUGCACUCAUGUGCAAUGAAGAAAGGAAUGCAAUAUUUCCGAGAUGCUUUUUACUGUUUACAUUGUGAACUACUUUUAAGCACACUGGCUUACUUUUUUGUGCGUGUAUGUGUGCAUUUCUUCAGGCAAAUGUUCUCGUUGUCUAAAAUAAAAUACCUGCAGACUUCGGCGAAGUAAGGUAGCUUAAUGCCCGGUGCAUCGGAACUGAUUUCUUAAGUUAAUUACUGCUGCGUUGACGGUGUAUUCGGAAAAACGCGCCUAUUGUGAGUACAUCCUCGUCCCAGAACAACGUGUCAUUUCCGGGAAAAUUGGAACCUAUUUCCAUUCCACAUUACCGUUGCCACGUCAGAAGAAAAAAAAUGGGCUUUAUAUAGUACACUUCGUCACUGCAUAUGCCAUGGUGAACCAGGUGUGCUUUAUUAUGUCUACCACAUAAAAUGCAAUAUGAUGAAUUAUAAGAGAAUGUUUAGAGCAUGUCCCAGACACCUGAGCUUAUUAUAUAUAUGUUUCUCUUUCAGCGGAAUAAAUUAUCGAAAAUAUGUU